GCCCUCGAACCUCCCCACCAUAGAGUUCUGUCGCGGCUAUAGAGCGCCGCGAGGGUACCCGGAAGUGGGACGUGCGCUCGGCCGGCCGGGAAGAUGGCGGAAGUGGAGGUCCCCAACGCCACUCGAGAUGCGCUCAAUGCCACCCUGCGUGCCACGCUGGCGGUUACCACCAAGCUGGUGGUGCCCACGCCUGCCAAGCCGAUCCUUCCUGUGCAGACUGGAGUCGAAGCGCAGCAGGAGGAGCAAUCCAGCGGCAUGACUAUAUUUUUUAGCCUGCUUGUAUUAGCUAUCUGCAUCAUAUUGGUGCAUUUACUGAUAAAGUACAGACUUCAUUUUUUGCCAGAGAGCGUGGCUGUUGUUUCUUUAGGUAUCCUCAUGGGAGCUUUCAUAAAAAUUAUAGAGUCUCAAAAACUGGCCAACUGGAAGGAAGAAGAAAUGUUUCGUCCAAAUAUGUUUUUUCUUCUUUUGCUUCCACCUAUUAUAUUUGAAUCAGGAUACUCAUUGCACAAGGGUAACUUCUUUCAGAAUAUUGGUUCCAUCACCCUAUUUUCCGUAUUUGGCACAGCUAUUUCAGCCUUCAUUGUAGGAGGAGGAAUUUACUUCCUGGGUCAGGCAGAAGUAAUUUAUAAACUCAACAUGACAGACAGUUUUGCAUUUGGGUCCUUAAUAUCUGCAGUUGACCCAGUGGCUACUAUUGCCAUCUUCAAUGCUCUUAAUGUAGAUCCUGUGCUUAACAUGUUGGUGUUUGGAGAAAGUAUUCUCAAUGAUGCAGUCUCCAUUGUCCUGACAAACACAGCAGAAGGUUUGACAAGAGACAAUAUGUCAGAUGUUAGUGGAUGGCAAACUUUUCUACAAGCACUGGGUUACUUUCUUAAGAUGUUCUUUGGCUCUGCAGCCCUUGGCACCCUUACCGGGCUUAUUUCAGCAUUAGUGCUAAAACAGAUUGAUUUAAGGAAAACGCCCUCCUUGGAAUUUGGGAUGAUGAUUAUUUUUGCUUAUCUCCCAUAUGGAUUGGCAGAAGGCAUUUCGCUCUCAGGUAUCAUGGCAAUCCUGUUUUCUGGUAUUGUGAUGUCUCACUACACACACCAUAACCUUUCUCCAGUUACACAGAUUCUAAUGCAGCAGACACUGAGAACUGUUGCUUUUAUGUGUGAAACAUGUGUUUUUGCAUUCCUUGGUAUGUCAAUUUUUAGUUUUCCUCACAAAUUUGAAAUGUCCUUUGUCAUCUGGUGCAUAGUGCUUGUCCUGCUUGGCAGAGCAGUGAAUAUUUUUCCACUUUCAUACCUGAUCAACUUCUUUCGUGAUCAUAAAAUCACCCCUAAAAUGAUGUUCAUUAUGUGGUUUAGUGGUUUACGUGGAGCAAUUCCAUAUGCCCUGAGCCUUCAUUUGGGCCUAGAACCAAUAGAAAAGCGACAGCUCAUUGGGACCACAACAAUCAUCAUUGUGUUAUUCACAAUUUUGUUGUUGGGGGGAGGAACUAUGCCCCUGAUCAGACUGAUUGAUAUUGAAGACUCCAAAGCACGAAGGAGGAACAAGAAGGAUAUUAACCUCAGCAAGACUGAAAAGAUGGGCAAUACCAUUGAAUCUGAACAUUUAUCAGAACUCACAGAGGAAGAGUAUGAAGCCCAGUACAUAAAGCGCCAGGACCUCAAAGGCUUUAUGUGGCUUGAUGCCAAGUAUUUGAAUCCCUUUUUCACUAGGCGGCUCACACAAGAGGACCUGCACCAUGGACGCAUACAGAUGAAAAGCCUUACCAAUAAAUGGUAUGAAGAGGUGCGACAAGGGCCCUCAGGGUCUGAAGAUGAUGAACAAGAGCUUCUAUAGCAAGCUGGAAAAAGAAUAUAAUGAGCUCUGAUAACAGAGCACCAAAACAUAGAUAUAUGUAGCAAAAAGAGUCUGAUUGCACAAAAGCCAGGGCAUUAAGAACAAAGCCCGUGGGUUUCAGACUUGGUUUUGUGGUGUUGUGCUCAGUUUCACAGAAUGGAUACUCUGUGUUGGGUAAGAUUAGUCAUUUGCUGGAAAUGCCGUACAGUAGUACAGAGGCACAGUGGGUUGAGCAAAGAGAACCAUUUUUAUGUCCUAAUUUCAGAACACCUGUAAGUUUCACUCAGCCCAUUCAAAAACCAAACCAUGUACAUUAAAAUAAUAUUAAUAUUAAGAGUGCAUGUAGGGUGUAGGUUUAUUCCCCCUCAUGGAAUUUGCUGUACGUGUAUGCUCCACAAAACAGAAUGCAUUACACUUUACCCUUUACUUUUUUAAUACUUGUUUGCAUCUAAGGGGAAUUACGGUUUUAUAUUGUGAAUUGUAUCAACAAUAGUUAGUGAAUCUGCCUGGAAUCAGUUUUGCAUAUUAUGAAUCCAGAUUUGAUAACAAUCACUUGAUAGAAAGAAGAUGCUGCAUGUGUGCAGAAGUAUCUUUUAAACCCUAGGUCCUUCUGCCCCAGUACUGGCCAUAUCGGCCACUUACAGACAUUAACAAAAAAAGAAAAGUGCUUUACUAGAAAAGGCAGCAUGUUAGUUUGACCAGGCUCUGCAGUGUCUGUAUAGAUUGGGUGCUUCACCGGAGCUUUUUGGCACUUUUAGUUAAGUCCGAUUCAGUCAGCUGUUGGAUAAAAGUCCAAAGCCCCACUAAAGCGUCCAAUUUAUAUAGACAUAGGGCAAGCCAGGUCCAAUUAAUGUGAUAUCUCUUUUGGGUAUGCCCUUUGCUCAGCAUGGGAGCACACCAAGUUUAAAGUAAAGCUUAAUUUUGGGCGGGGGGAGGGGGUUAACAUCUGUAAGUAGCCAUCUUGAAAUCUUUUUACAUGGCGGGACCUAAACUGCGUUUGAAAAACAUAGAUUUUUUUUCACUAUUUUUUUCUCUCAUCUGUAAUUUAAAACAAUUGAACUUGUAUUUUUUUUUUAAUUGUGUUAAGCAAAGGGUUUUUCCUGGCUGGCCCUAUGGGCUUCUGAUCUCAAACAGCAGCAAUCUGUGUUGAUGGAUUCUUAAAUUUAAGAAGCAUCAGUAGCAGGCUUUCCAUAUCAUGUUUUAUCUGAAUUAAUAUGGAAGAAAAGCUCACAAGAAUUUUUAAUACUAUGCAUUGUUGAAACAUCUUUUGGGAAAUGCCAAACAUUUAACCUUCCAUUAAGUUGUCCAGCUGCUUUAAUUUUUUUUAUAUGUUCAUAGUGCCAUGUAAAAACCUUUGGCACCCUAACCUUCUCCUACAUGCCAUGGUCAGCUUGAAAAAAAACUACAUGCCGUGAUAACACAUGCAGUGAUUACCACACACUUUUAUAGCCAAUUGUAUUGCCACCUGAUCAUUACCACAUACAUUUUCUGCAAUUGUGUGCGCAACUACUGUUCUCUGUAUGCAGAUCAGUCAUUCAGAUGCACGUAGGGAAUGUGGUAUAGCUUUUUUUUCUCCUCCUUUACUGGGUAUUUUUGUCACAGAUCUAUUGUAUAUUUUUUCCAGGGGAUUAAAAGCCCUGUCAGGAAUGUAUUCAGAGAGCAUAAAUUCUGAGUUCUUUGUUGACUGAGUAGUUUUUUGUGUGUGUAUGUUUGGAGUCUGUUGUGGUAUUUAUACAAAUAAGGCAGCAGCUGGUGAAACCUCUGUGAGGAUUCAAUAUGUUCUUCCCACUUUCGGUGGUAUCAGAUUAAAGUGAUUAGGGAAGUGGAUUAGGGUUUUGAUUUCCUUUUCUGUAUAUAUACUUUGAAACAUGCCUUUUUACAGUGUCUGAUGCUAGGAAGUUACUCUCAGCUCUAGAUUAGCCGUGCUUAAGUCCUUCAUUGAUAUCUCAUUAGCAGCAUCACCAGAGGUAUGGGUGACUUUCAGGUGUAUUACAUGUUGACAGAAGUUUUGGAGGAUGAUAGUCUUCUUCAAUGGUAGCUGGGCGCACUGUCUGUGCAUUUUCACUUGUAAAUUUCUGUAUCUCAUGAGAGAAAAUGCACUUUUUCUGGUAACAAGGGGAGGACACUUUCUGUAUUAAUCAACCAUGAAAUGCACUUCAUCUCUUGUCCUUAUAUGUAAGCAGACUGUGUCAUGCUUUAUGGAACUGCAACAUGCAUUAAUGUGAGACUGUGAAAGAGAAAGAACUGAGCCUUUUUUGGUGCUAAGCACUGAAAAAUGACCUCUUGCAUGCUUUUUAAGAGGAGAACAAAUCUUUAAAAAAAAUAAAAAAGGUUUCUUCAUCCUCUUUGGCAACAGUAAAUUUAAUUAACCUUUUUGUUACCAGUACAAAAUUAGGGGUGUGUGCUUGCACACGUAGAAUAUGAAAACUGAAAUUAGAGAAAUAUGAGGCAAGAGAGAGAGAACGUGUGUGUGUGUGUGUGUAAAUUUUGUAUAGCUGUUUUUUCAGGUGCCCAUCCAGAGCAACUGGCUCCAUUUUUUAUGGGUUGUUGAAUCUGCUCACACAAGGAAUAGUCUAAGCCAAGGCUGCUCAACUGGCAGUAAAUGUGCAGCCCCCAGGCUCUUCCCCAGCCUCUGCUGCCUCUAUCACUCCUCCUGCAAUAGCAGCCAGAAUCUCUAGGCUUCCCCUUCCUCCUCCAGCUGCUGCUUCCUGUCUUUGCAAUACGAGGCCUUCACUGGUGCAGCUGCUGGGGCAUGUACCCCCCCAUGGGCUUAGGAGCUGGACAGCCCUGGUCUAAGCUAUUAGGGCCAGCUGGCCAUUUUGAGAUCAUUUAGGGCAUGAGGAUUUUUUUCUACUGUGUUUAUUUUGUUUGCAAGAAGGUAGAUGUUAUAUCUGUAAAUAGGUAAACAUCGCAUUUCAGGCCAGUCUUUCCCAGUUCAAACAGUUGAGGUUUGGGUAGUUGUUUUGCGGGGGGUGCAGAGUGUUAUGCACUAGCACCUAAAUAGGAACUAAAUAACUGAAGUACAUUUUCAGUCACUGAAGAGAUUUUUUUGUGGUUUUGACAUUGGGUCAUUUCUGCUUUCUGUUAACCAGUAGCAGGCACCUGUUUCUGAGAGUCUCAUGUUAUAGGACACAAAGGCAAAGGAGUGCCCACAGCAGCCCAUGCCUAAAGCCUAGAAAGCCACCUUGAGCCCCCCUGAUCUUGUCAUUGUCUAUGCUGAUCAUAAUCUGAAGGCUUUUCUAAAUUUAUACCAGUUGCAAUUCCUCCAACAGACUGUUAGCAGACAUGGACUUCUGUGCCCCUUUUUUCCCUAGCCAUUCUCCCUGUUAACAAUACUAGAUUUUCCAUUGCUACACUACCACCCCAUACUGGAGAAUCCCCUAUACUGGUCUGCUUGUCCUGGAGCCAUUAUAUGGGAUUUCAAGUCACUUUGUAAUGGGAAUGUAACCGGAGGCAGCCAAAGAUCAGAACCACCAUUCUCAGCUAUUUGAUUAUUCCAGUGAAAGAAGAAGCUAACUAAAAUGGAUGAAAGAUCUGCACUAAUAUAACUUCCUUGAAAGGCUGAUCUAGUUCAUUCAUUCUGUUGAAUUGGUCAUUUCCUGCCCUCUGCUGGCAAUUUGUGAAAAUGCAUUUAGAUCUAGUUCAUGAAGCAUCUGCCAAUAGGAAUUUAGUAUCCAUUUACAUUUAGCUAAUGAACUGAAAUAUCUGAAAUUAAUUAAAUGAGCCUGGAACUCUUUAUUUAGAGGAACUCUUUUUUUUUUUUAAAUUAAAAGGCAACUAUAUUAAUGCUUUAAUAUGAAGUUUAAUGGAUUUAUCA